AUGUCGAACGCCAUUACAAAGCAGGGAAACAUUGUGCCCAAGUCGAAUAUUGAAAUCCUCAACCAAGAAAUAGACGAUGACGAAGGACUAUACCGCAUUCGGGCCGGUAAGCGUGUACAUUAUGUUACAAUUCCUGGCUAUGCGAGUCCCAAUCGCAUUUUCGAUGAAGACACGCUCUGUAGGCCAUAUCUUCUUGUGCCAGAACUUCCCCCAUUCCCGGACGCAGACUGGACGAAGAUGAGGCUUUCUCUCGGCCCGGACGGCAGCGUUCAAUCGGAUAUUUCUUUCGAACCACUGGACAAGGUCGAAUCCACCUGGCAUCCACGACACAUCGACGUUCUUUCGUUGAAGCGCAUCAAAUAUCACAAGCAACGGGUUCGAGAGGUCGAAUAUCAGGACAAGACUGCCAUAUCCAAAAUUGCCGUUCUGCAGUGGCUCGUUCCGCAACUCGAGCACGAGACUAGGACGUACGAAGCUUUGACCAGGUUGCAAAGUCCUGACGAGGUCCGAAUAACCCCCGAAGUUUUGGGACACCUCUUCGAGGGAGGUAGAAAUAUUGGGCUUCUUUUAGAAAAGAUAGAGGGCGAUUAUGCGACACUGGCGGAUCUGCCAAAAUGCGAGGCGGCUUUGCGCAAGUUGCACCAGUUGGGGUUUGUCCAUGGAGACGCCAAUCGCUACAACUUUAUUGUCGAGCGGUCCACUGGGAACGUCAAGAUGAUUGGCUUUGAGCAUGCUGAGCAAUAUGAUGAGAAGACGGGGAAGGCUGAAAUUCAGAAACUGGCAUCUGAGUUGACAGAUGACUCAGGGCGAGGUGCACCUGUUACUUUCAACUAUCGUUAG